AUGGUCGACGAAAAGAAGCCAAGUACAAUUCGGCGGUUGGUUGCCGUUGUUGUAUCAAUCGGGGUUAUAAAUAUUCUCAUCGACGGUUGCAAGUUUAUUCUGAAGCGCGCUUUGUCACCCGUCACCAACGCGGUGUAUGGGAACCCGGACCCAUACUCUGCGCUUUUCAAGUCAAACAACUCUCUUUUCCUUCUCUAA